AUGAGUAUCAUACGUGAUUUGUCAACAUGCCAUGAUGAUUUUAAUCUGAAGCCUGCUGAUGGAGUGCUUAAGGAACACAGCUUUCCGUGGCUAGGAUUCGUGCAGUACAUACAUGUGACAACUGGACUGCCUCACCACAGCAAGGCUCCGAGAGUGGUCCUCAUACAUAAGCAAUUCGCGCUCGGCACAGCAACUGACAUGCUGCACUUGCCUAAAAAUUACAAACUAGGUCAUGUAAUAUUUGGUGACUAUGAACGCGAGGAAGAGGAAUGCGGACUUACGAAACAUCAAGUGAAGCUGGGUGUUAAGUGUCCGCGAGCUUACAUCGAAAUGCCCAUAAUCGAUAUAACACCACAUCCAGAAUUUUCCAGAAAAUCCUGUCUUAUAUGGAAUAUUAAGCAAAGCUCAGCGCAUAGAGCAGCAUUAACAACAUAUAAAAAUAUAUAUAAUCUGUGGAACCGUAGAAAUGUUGAAAAAAUUCAGCAGCCCAAUCUAGAUGAUGCUCUUGCCAUUGAAGCUACCAGAGACAGCAUAGGACUGACGAAUUUUUUAAGCGUGGUUCAAGCAGAGAGCAAAAUAUUACUGAGAUUAGGUAGUGAAGGUGUGACUCACGUGCUAUGCAGCUCAGGUUGUGGCGUUAGACCUGGCUCGCCAAUCAUCAGUCACAGUGCUGAUGGCACGUUUGAGGUGAUAGGCUUGACUGCAGGUGGCGCUGCCUGCUCACGCCGCGCCAUGCGUCGCAGACUAAACACUGAACCGCCACUUUAUAUAGAUGUCUACCCUUACGCUACAUGGAUCAUAAACGUUAUCACUGCAUUUAUACUACCACGACCCUAUUCUCAUAAUUUCAAAUUAGUUGAUGAAGCUGGACCAACCAUGGCUGUAAACAGAGGCAAUUAUUUAAGGCAAAGAAAACUCCAGAGACAAGGGUGGAAAGCUCGCACCUAUAUGAGCGGCAAUUACUGUUUUAAGCAAAAUAAAGCCCAGAAAAAAACCGCGUUUUUCUACUCUGAACAGUUUGAAGUUAAAGCUGAUCCACCCGCAAAACUUAAUAUUGCCAUGAUGAUAUCGGCUGGAAUAGAAUGUACAAUAACUUGUGCAAGACUGCAGAUGCCGAAUCGUUUAUCUACACCAGUUAUUCACGGCGUUGGAGGGUAUAACAUCACCAUUGAAUUCGACACGGAAUGGUUUCCUUACUUGUUCGUUUUCGGUAUAGGUCUCUCAGGAAAAAAUACAACAGAAAGAGAUUUCGCCAGGUGGAUUGGCGAAAGGAAACCUGGUUUUUGGAAAUAA